UACGUGUUGUUGAAUUAUUAUAUUAUUUCAUUAUAAUCUUCUAAAUUAUACAAAAUUCAAAUUUCAAUGAUUAAUCAUUCGUUUACGCCAUACGGUGAAAAUUAUCAUUUUUGUUCCGGAAGGCUUUCUCCGCUAAUUCGUUACUAUUCUAUAACCGUUUCUAAUUAGUCUAACCGUAGCCUCAUCUGACGACCAUACGAAUACAGAAGUUAAAAUUACCUGUUUACUGGUUAAUAUGUGAGCGAGUGCGUGCACGUUUGUUGUGUUGUGUUAUGUGCGGUGGACAAAAGAGUACAUUGACAUUGGAAUAUAAUUGAGUUUUGAGUAUUGACUAGACUAUAAAUGAGUUUUUAAUACAACUGGUCUCCAUUACCAAGAAGACUGUCAACAGAAACAAAAUCAAAUGAUAUAAUAGUACACUGCGCUAGAACGUCGAAGACUAUUUCAAGCUAUAACUAUGAUGCGGGGAACAUUUCUUUUUCUGGCAUUGGUGAUUUUAAGCCUGACUACAUACCUAGAUUGUGGGAAAGUCGUUUGCUAUUUCAGCAAUUGGGCUAUUUAUCGACCUGGAAUAGGCAAAUACACUGUAGACGACAUACCAGUCAGUGAUUGCACUCAUGUUAUAUAUUCUUUUACUGGAGUAGACAACACAACUUGGACCUUGAGUAUUCUCGAUCCAGAAAUUGACGUAGAACAAAAAGGUUUCAAGAAUUUUACGAGUCUUCGAAAAAACUAUCCAGAUGUCAAGUUUAUGGUAGCCGUUGGUGGCUGGGCAGAGGGAGGCAAGAAAUAUUCUACUUUAGUUUCUUCUCCGAAAAAACGGGCUAUUUUUAUCAGUAGUGUAAUAGAGUUCCUUAUUAAGUUUGGUUUUGAUGGCUUUGAUCUUGAUUGGGAAUAUCCUGGAGCAACCGAUCGGGAUGGGGCUUAUUCGGAUCGUAAUAAUUUUUAUUAUUUUGUACAAGAGUUAAGAUCUGCGUUUCAAAGUUAUAAUCCUUCUUGGGAGCUUACUAUGGCAGUGCCCUUAGCGAAAUUUCGAUUAAUGGAAGGUUACUACGUUCCAGGAUUAUGUCGCUUAACAGAUGCUGUGCACGUAAUGGCUUACGAUUUACGUGGGAAUUGGGCUGGAUUUGCAGAUGUCCAUAGUCCAUUAUUUAAAAGACCCACAGAUCAAUAUGCUUAUGAAAAGCUAAAUGUGGCUGAUGGAAUGCAACUGUGGGUGGAUCUUGGUUGCCCACCAAGUAAAUUGGUUAUGGGAGUGCCAUUUUAUGGUAGAACGUUUACAUUGAGCGCUAGUAAUAAAAAUUAUAACAUCGGCACUUAUAUUAACAAGGAAGCAGGAGGUGGCGAACCUGGAAACUAUACCAAGGCUGUUGGAUUUUUAUCUUAUUAUGAAAUAUGUGGUUAUUUAAAGGAGGAAGAUAAUGGUUGGACUGAGAAAUGGGAUGAUAUAGGGCUGUGUCCUUAUAUGUACAAAGGUACGCAAUGGAUUGGCUAUGAAAAUGUAACAAGUUUAUCAUUCAAGAUGACCCAUUUAAAGAGUAAAGGCUACGGUGGUGCAAUGAUUUGGGCUGUAGAUAUGGAUGACUUCCAGGGAAUUUGUGGUCCCAAGAAUCCUCUUAUAAAAGUUUUACGAGAUGCUAUGGAAUCUUAUACUCCUACAGUUGUAGACAUAUCUACUACACCUACGCCUGAGUGGUUGAUACCCCCAGAGAUAACUACAUCUAAAAAGGAAGAUAUGACCACUCAAGCAACUACUGAACUAACUACAGCAAUAUCAAAAGAAAAAGAUACUGUAGAAGUAGUUGUACAGACAACUAUGAACAAUCCUCAAAGAAUAUCAUGUAAGCAAGGAGAGUAUUUACCUAGUACUUAUUGUAAUAAAUAUUUCAUGUGCAAUCAUGGUAAGUUGAUGAGUUUCACAUGUCAACCAGGCACUGUUUGGAAUCCAGACAAAUUCGUAUGCGAUUGGCCAGCCCGAACUAUUCACUCGGAUUGUAUAAAAAAUUAAUUUAUAAAUAACAUUCGAAAUAUAUAUUAACAAGAACUUUGUAUGUCAAAAUAAUGUAACAAUAGUAAAUUUGCAUUAAAAGGAAGUUAAAUUGCUAAA